AUACUCACCAGAGAGCUAGCGAGGAGUGAGAGAUGAGAGAGAGGGGGGAGAGAGAGAACCAGAUUGAAAACAUACCAGCCUGGCGUCUCAAUACCACAUUUCUGACGAAGAACGAACCACCCUCAAACCUUUUAGACCUCUUCAGGCUACAAAGUUCGAUAUCGUGCAAUGUUUUCUUAGUAAGGGAGGAUCGAUUUCAAAAACUUGUUUCGUUUAUUCUCGGUGAUGGAUUGUAAAAAAGUUGAGUCGACACACAUAAAGUCUUACGGUGAACUUUAGGAGAAGUUGGGAAGAGGAAUGUAGUUAGUCUUGAUCGUGUUUAGGCUACUAGAAUAUAACUUAUGGAUUUCAUCCUUGCAUUGGAAGGAGUUUGUUACUUCUUGCUUUUUGACCGAGAAAGUUUGACCUAACGGUAAUCUUCGAACGCGUUGCUUGUACAGAACUAGUGGGCAAACAGAACCGAAGGAGACGCACCGGGUCAGACCAUACCGACUACAGGCAUCACCACUGAGAGCUUCUGAUGUCCAGAAUGGAGACCUCGGCCCCGACGACCACAGAGAAGAAAGGCUCUGGUCUGGAUGGAAACGGCUUCACUGACCUCCCGAGGAAACUCUCACCUUCAGCUGUCACCAGAGCCCCGCACCACGUCUUCCCGACGUUCCACACGCCCAUCCCGAUUGACAUGCGUCACCACGAUGGAAGAUAUCACUAUGAACCCCACACCCUACAUGCCAUGCAUGGUGGCACAUGAACACUUGAAAGAGCGGGGUCUGUUUGGGUUUCCCCCUCCCCCUCCUGGAGCCAGCCCUGCUGAGUACUACCACCUGAUGACCAGCCAUCGUAACCCCUACGGAGAGCUGCUGAUGCAGGGGGGUGCGGCGGCAGCUGCACACCUGCCAGACUACAUCACCCCCAUGGAAGCGUCACGGUUCCCCAGUCCCAGACUGACCCCCAGGCUGAACAGAAAGCGAGCCCUGUCCAUCUCGCCUCUCUCAGACGCCAGCAUUGACCUGCAGACCAUGAUCCGUACCUCGCCCAACUCUCUGGUGGCCUACAUCAACAACUCACGCUCCAGCUCUGCAGCUAGCAGCUCCUACGGACACCUCUCUGUUGGAGGCAUCAGUCCGUCCUUUACCUUCCCCCAUCACAUCAACCCCAUGGCCUACCAGCAGCUCCUGUCCCAGCAGAGAGGCCUGAGUGUGUUCGGCCACACCCCUCCUCUCAUCCAGCCCCCACCCAUCUUCUCCAGUCGCCAGUCUGCCCUGGGUCUCUCCUCUCUGGCCCCCGCCUCACACAACCACAACAAUGGCUCACAGUCAAAGAACACAUGUGGGGACUCGGCAGUGAGCAGUACAGUCAAUCCCAUGAUCACCAAGAGGUCAAAGGUGAAGACAGAGGUGGAGUAUCCGAGGCCGCGGUCCCCAUGCUCUCCAGAUCAUCUAAGUGGGAUGCUGGGCCUGAAGGAGGACUUGGAUAAAGAUGAAUGCAAGCAUGAGCCAGAGAUGGUGUAUGAGACCAACUGCCACUGGGAAGGAUGCUCCAAGGAGUACGACACGCAGGAACAACUGGUCCAUCACAUCAACAACGACCACAUCCAUGGGGAGAAGAAGGAGUUUGUGUGCCGCUGGGAUGAGUGUUCCAGGGAGCAGAAGCCUUUUAAGGCCCAGUACAUGCUGGUGGUUCACAUGAGGAGACACACGGGGGAGAAGCCACACAAGUGUACCUUUGAGGGCUGCUGUAAGGCCUAUUCUCGCCUGGAGAAUCUGAAGACCCACCUGCGAUCUCACACCGGGGAAAAACCAUAUGUGUGUGACCACGAGGGAUGCAACAAAGCCUUCUCCAACGCCUCGGACAGAGCUAAGCACCAGAAUCGCACACACUCCAACGAGAAACCCUACGUGUGUAAAGUCCCCGGCUGUACGAAGCGCUACACGGACCCCAGCUCUCUCAGGAAGCACGUGAAGACAGUCCACGGACCAGAGGCCCACGUCACCAAGAAACAGCGCAGCGACCUGCCGCCCAGCAGACCCGUUCCACCCAAAGAGAAUGGAGAGAACGAGAUAGGCCGGGGCACGGAGGAGAAGAUGGACAGCACCUCGAGAGGCAUGGAGGACUACCUGCAGGUCAAGUCUAUCAAGACGGAGAAGUCUGUGAUGUAUCAGUCCAGCCCUGGUGGUCAGUCAUCAUGUAGCAGCGAGCCGUCGCCACUUGGCAGUUCCACCAACCAUGACAGUGGAGUAGAGAUGGCCCUCCACAGCGGCGGGGGCAGCAUGGGGGACCUGACUGGACUGGACGACCCCUCGGGGCCCCUCAUGGACUCCUCCUUCUCUGGCCUCUCGUCUGGGACAGCAGGGGUCGGGGUGGGCCUCCACCUACGUCAACACCUAGGCCUCAGCCACAUCCACGGACUAGAACACCUGAAGAAGGAGAAACUGAAGACGGCGAGGGACUCCUGCCAGUGGGCCAAUCAUCAUCCAGCUCCUCCAGUCCAGAACACCAAGCUACCGCCCAUACCAGCAAGCGGGUCCCUUUUGGAGAGUGGAAAUAUGUGUGGCGGGCCUGGAUCGUUCAGCCUCAGUGAGCUGUGUUCCAGUAAGGUGACUGUCCUGAACCAGCUGGACCAUCUGAUGGAGCGCAGGGACAGCGCCACCAGCACCAUCUCCUCUGCCUACAUCAGCCGCCGCUCCUCUGGCAUCUCCCCCUGCUACUCCAGCCGCCGCUCCAGCGACGCCUCCGCGUUCAGUGGCCACCGCCACCACAACAUCAGCUCCACCGGCUCCUACGACCCCAUCUCUGCAGACCUGUCCCGCCGCUCCAGCGACGCCAGCCAGUGUGGGGGUGGUGGAGGAGGGGGACGGCUGCCCAGUCACCUCAGCCUCACCCCCGCCCAGCACUACCACCUCAAGGCGAAAUAUGCGGCGGCUACAGGCGGAGCCCCACCCACACCUUUACCCAACAUGGAGAGGAUGAGUCUCAAGACCUGCUUGGCCCUCUACAGGGACGCUUCCCAGGGAGACUCGUCGUCUUGUUACUCCUCCUUCGACCCCGUUGUCCCCAGUGGGGUUCCCAGGCGCUGCAGCGGCGAUAUGGGAAACUAUAACGGCCGCAGCAUGAUGCCCCACGAAGCUCCGUCCAACCUUCCCCGUCGGGCUAGCGACCCCGUCCCCCGGCGGCCGUCCCUGGACCCGCUGUCCCCGCUGUCCCAUCAGCCUCAGGUGCAGCACUACAACAGCACGGGCAACAUGCAGAACCUCCACCCACACGCCUCCCUGCCGAUACAGGCCCUGUCUGCAGCCGAGCGGCGCCACUUGGUGCUCCAGAGCCACCAGCCGCGCUCCGACGACAGCCUGCAGCGAUACCCCUACUGCCCCCGGCCGCCAAGCAUCUCUGAGAAUGUGGCCAUGGAGACCAUGGCCGGCGAUAUGAGCGGUAGACGCAACAGCAGUGAGGAGGAGAUGAUGGUACUUCCGGAUGACGUCGUUCACUACAUCACCGCUCAGGGCGGAGCUGGUGAGUCAGACUGUGCCAACGGGUACAACCGACAAGCACAAUGUGGUUUCCAUGGAAACACAAUAAACCCUAACCCCCAGCAACAACAGCAGUUUUACCACCAGGGAAGGAUGGCUGUGGUGGACACCAAUAUGAGUAUGAACCCUUCGUCUGCACCACAAACCAAGCGCCUCUCCUGUGCCCUAAGCCCAGGCCAUCCGAAGCAGUCUUUCCCCUCCUCACUCAGUAAGACAAGCACCAUGCCGGUACAGUGGAAUGAGGUCAGCUCAGGGACUGUGGAAGCUCUUCACAACCCAACCCAACAUCUGCCGUUUGGUCGAAGCAACUCAAAACUCGCCAUGGUCCAACAGAAACAGAACUUUGUCUCGUUCCAGAAGCAGAAUCUUAAUUCCAACCAACACAUUGCACAGAUUAACCACAACCUGGCUCAUGCAGCCCAGCAGGGGAGAUACAUACAGCAGCAGAAGACAGACUCCAGGCUGGGCUGUGUCCAGCAACAGAGCCUACAGCAACAGCAGCCCGCUAAUGCUAACCUCAAUGAACGAGUGAGACUCGAGUAUGGGUUUAACCAGGGUCUCGGUCCUAUUGAUGCUAACGCUAACCAGCGGUCCUCCUGUAGUAGUAUGGCAGUUGGUGGCACAGUGCACAGUGUAGACACGCAGAACAGCCGACUGAGGACGCAGCCAGGGGGAGUCAAUCGUCUCAAGUCACAUUUAAGGAUAGCGGUGUGAAUUCUUCGCGGAUGAUCUCACAUCAACAGAAAUAUAAUAUAGCGUCCCAGGUUCAGCAUCCUAUACAGAUUGGAGGUCAAAUACUCAUCCAGCCAAGACCGCCCACAGAACAUAAGUCUCUAAGCAGACAGCAUUCAGGGU